CGUGCCGCCGCCGCCGCACGCCUCUCCUCCACAGGCGGGCUGCCCUACGAGCUGACCGAAGGGGACGUCAUCUGCGUGUUCUCACAGUAUGGAGAGGUUGUGAACAUUAAUCUGGUGCGGGACAAGAAGACUGGAAAGUCUAAAGGCUUCUGCUUUCUUUGUUAUGAAGACCAGAGAAGCACUAUUCUGGCUGUUGACAACUUUAAUGGAAUCAAGAUAAAAGGAAGGACAAUUCGAGUGGACCAUGUGGCUAGCUAUCGCCCCCCCAAAGACACUGAUGAUUUAGAUGAUGUCACCAAAGCCCUCCGUGAAAAGGGCUGUGGAGUUAAAACGCCACCUCAUACUUCAUCUGAUUCGUUGUCAGAAGAUGAUAACGUGCCAGUAAAAAAGCAGAAAGAUAAAGAGAAAAGCGGGCAAGAACGGCAAAAGCAGAGCCUGCAUGCUGUGAAGAGGGCUGCGUCCGCAGAGGAGUCACAUCCAAGAAUCAAGAUUAAAAAGGAGAAAGAGGAUCCUGCCUAUGACCGGUAUGCCAGCGUGAGUCAGCAGUCUUGGAACGGGUCUGAGAGGAAAUAUGGGAGCAGGACGCAGCGGGAUGAGGAAGAGCAGAGGCACCAGAGAGCUUCGGAGAGAAGAGGGGAAAAAAGCUGCCAGGAACAGAGGGGACAAAACAGGAAAGAGAGAGGGGAGACUGGCAGAAAGGGUGAAGGUCACAGCAGCAGACGAGAAGAGUGUCUCGAGGGAACCAGAUCCAGGGACCGUCGGGAGAGCAGUGCCCGAGAGCCCCAUUCCAGGCACAGAGAGCCAAGUACCACGAGGGAUUCCAGCCGCCGCUAAGCUGUUGGGUGAGCAGUACCUGGGGCUAUGGCUCCUCCGACCAAGAGGCAUGUGUUCCCUGAACCUAGCCCAAAGUCUACGCAAAGCCUCCUGAUGCAUCUGUGAGGACGCCACCAGCAGACUGCUAGUCUCCACUAGUUCUUAGCUUUGUUUCUCUUCCAGCUCUCGGACAAGGAUCUCCUUGUUUCUGCUGCAGACUGAGAUGUGAAUUUUGUUGUCAUCUUGUUCAGCCCUUCUGUGCUGUGGCAUCUUGCAGCAUUAAUGGUGGAUGGCCUUGCAGGCAUGUAGAUGUGUCGAGCCACUUCACUGCACCAUGAAAACAGAUCACAGGGCUGCUAUUGUUUGUUCCCUAAGCUGCCCAGUGUCAGCAGUCUGGGCGAGACUGUUUUCCAUUCCCCUUGGCCCCCCUCCCCCCCCCCAGUUACACUCACUUUCUCAUUUCUCGCUGCAGUGAGAAACUGGUGGGAAUCUUGUAGGCCUUACACAUGCUGGGUUUGUCUCCUGAGCCCAUCCUGUGUAUCUGCCAGCUUCUGUGAUGAAUCCCAAGGGAUGCACUGUUGAAUCAGGGCUAUUUAUUGUUUUUUAAAUGUCCCUUAAUAAAGUUGAUCUAUUAACUGA